CGGCCAUGUCCGCGGACGCCUCGGGGCCAGAGUCCGGGCCGGGGCCGGGGCUGGGGCGGGAACCCCGGCUGGGGUCCGAGCCGGGCCAGUUGUGCCCCGAGCACGGAGAGCCUCUGAGCUGGUUCUGCCUCUCCGAGAGACGGCCGGUGUGCGCCGCCUGCGCCGGGUUGGGCGGCCGCUGUUACGGGCACCGCAUCCGCCGGGCGGAGGAGCACGCCGAGGAGCUGCGAAACAAGAUUGUGGACCAGUGUGAGAGGCUGCAGUUACAGAGCGCUGGCAUCUCCAAGUACGUGGCGGAGGUCCUGCAAGGGAAGAGCCAGAAAGCAGUGAGCAUGGCUAGUGCAGCGAGGGAGCUGGUGAUCCAGAGGUUGAGUCUGGUGAGGAGCCUGUGUGAGAGUGAGGAACAGCGAUUACUGGAGCAGGUGCAUGGCGAAGAGGAGCGGGCCCACCAGAGUAUCCUGACUCAGCAGGCACACUGGGCCGAGGCAAUGAAGAAGCUGGACACCCUACGUACCAGCCUGGUGGGCAUGCUUACCCAUCUGGAUGACCUCCAGCUAAUUCAGAAGGAGCAGGAGUUUUUUGAGAGGGCCGAGGAAGCAGAAGGCAUUUUGGAUCCCCAGGAGUCGGACAAAUUGAGCUUUAACGAGAAGUGUGCUUGGAGCCCGUUACUGACUCAACUCUGGGCAACAUCGGUUCUCGGGUCUCUCUCAGGCAUGGAGGAGGUGCAUAUCAAUGAAAGGACUGUCAGCCCCUUAUUGCAUUUGUCCGAAGAUAGAAGGACCCUGACCUUCAGUGCCAAGAAGUCCAAGGCCUGCUCAGAUGACCCAGAGCGCUUUGACCACUGGCCCAAUGCCCUGGCUGCUACCAACUUCCAGACUGGGCUCCAUGCCUGGAUAGUGAACGUUCAGCACAGUUGUGCUUAUAAAGUAGGCGUGGCCUCAGCCCAGCUGCCCCGAAAGGGUUCUGGUAGUGACUGCCGCCUGGGCCACAAUGCCUUCUCCUGGGUCUUCUCCCGCUACGAUCAAGAGUUCCGUUUCUCACACAAUGGACGGCAUGAGCCUCUGGCGCUGCUUCGGUGCCCAGCCCAGCUGGGCGUGCUGCUGGACCUCCAAGCAGGAGAGCUGGUCUUCUAUGAGCCUGCCUCAGGGACGGUGCUUCACAUCCACCGCACGUCCUUCCCUCGGCCGCUGUUCCCAGUCUUUGCCGUGGCGGACCAGGUCAUCUCCAUCGUUCACUGACCAUUGGCCACGGUGAGGCCAGAUCCACGCCACCAUCACCCUUGCAGGUCAGGCCAUGCUUCCAGCUGGUGUCCUUUCCCCCAGUGAUGUGUCCGGUCUUCCCCAUGGGCCACUUUUGGAGAGAUGGGAUCUGCUUCAGACUCGGACAUAACCUUUCGAUGUUGGUCAUCUGUGGGGAACCUGCUUCUCUCCUGGCCUUGGUCUCCCAACCCCACCAUGCUCUCAUCCUUCCGAGGGUCUCAUUAAUCUGUGUCCCUGGCAUCCAGCAUGGUGCCUGGGGCAUGGCUAGUGUCCAGUGAGGUACAGUGAGGGAGCAUAUGGCUGAGCAGGCAGGUGACCCUUCAUGUGGCAGUUUUUGGAGAAGUCCCUAGAUGCCUUUCUGUGGAGAAGCCUGUGGUGAAGCUUCCCUAGCCUCUCAGUUCAGUAUUUCUUGGUCUUUUUCAUGAUGCAGCACGUGGAGAGAAUAUUUUUCUAGCACACAGAGGACAACCUGCCAGGCUGCUCUUGGCCAGAAAACUGGCCCGGAAGUGUCAUGCCCUCUUCCCACAUUCUACCAUGGCACCAGUAUCCUCUCUCCAGGAAAUGUGCUUGCAGCACAGUUGUGGGUAUCUGUCCCAGGCCCUGAGGCUGAGCUCUAGCGUGGACCUGCCUGUGAUAAGGGUGAUCCCUCUCACUGUGCACCCCACAUCGUGACUCUUUCCUUAGGGUGGAGACCUGGGUGGAGAGCUUCAAGCCAGAGGAGCUGAGGGAAAAGGAGGGCUAUCCUUAACGAAUGAAUGUGUUAUUAAAGGUUUCUAAAGACUUA